GCUCAAUUGCUAUUACUUUUCGUCGCCACACACUUUUAUGAAAUGCAACGGCGUUCGGUUUUUUUUAUAAACGACAUACAUAGAUUUUUUAGAUUGUAAACAAAUAAAAGCAAUUUGUAGGAAAAAAGUAAGCGAGGAUUUUCAUAACCAUGGCUGACAGAUUAACACAAUUGCAGGACACUGUUAAUAUGCAAGCUGAACAUUUCUGUAAUGCAAUCGGUAUAAUACAACAGACUUCUUAUCCAAGCAAAUUCCCGAAUUUUGAUCGUACCGGAUCUCAAACUCCAGUACAGAAUCAGCAACAAGAAGAUUAUGCCCAACUAUUUGCUCAGCUUAUAUCACGUUGCGCCAAAGAUAUUGAUACCCUGAUCGAGUCAUUACCAAAUGAGGACAGCUCGACAGAAUUACAAAAUCAAAGUCUUAAAAGAUUGGAAUUGGAAAAUCAGGAAGCUGCCGAACGUUUGGAAGAAAUCGCUUUGAAAGGCGAGUUGCUUUUGGGGAAAAUUCAGAAUGCUUUAGAAGAUAUAGCCCAAGCUCAACUAGAUAUGCAAAUAACAAUGAAAAACAACAGCAGUAGUUAAAAUUAAGAUUGUGUACUUCUUCAUUUUAAUAGUUAUAUGUAGAUGAAACAUUUUGUAUAAUUUUAAUUAAUUCGGAGGUAUUAAAGAAAAGUAACAUUUGUUAGAUUGAAAAUGAUUAACACUCAAAUUAGCAUUACGACCCCUAGGCGAAUUGCAACAAAUAAAAAUUUUAAUAUUACAUAUUUAUUUUAAAUUGCCUGGAAUAUUAUAUGUAUAAGAUUAAAAAAUCAUGUUUAAAUAUUCUUUUUGACAAAAUUCAUUUUAAAUUUUUUAUGCAUUUUUAGUGCACCCAAAUUUUUGUUGUUUAAGCGAAGACGAAGUAGUUCGAUUUUGAAUUUGUUCUAAAUACAUGCCCAAUUUUUAAUAAAUUUGCCAUAGAUGAAGUCCCAA